AUGACCACUACGAACACUAUGCAACAACAACAGCAACAACACUUUGACGACGACGACCCAUUCCAACCCCCACCCCCGCCUAAACGGCAUUCCUACCAGGCGUCGACGACGUCGGCGACAGCGACGAACCCGUUUGUUAGUGAUGCGGAUGGAUAUGCGUAUCCACAUCGCAAGUCGAGUUCUGCUACGUCGACGGCGUUCCCGCUCCCCGCUUCGUCGUCAACUACGACGUCGACACCUUCAUCCCCGACCAAAGUUUCCACGGUGCUACCCCUGCAGACACCCCCUCCAAUCAAGCCCAACGCGCACCCCUACGCCAUAAAGACAACCUCGACGGGCAUCCUCACGCGCUCCUCGAGCAACGCCGCGUCGCCGCACUACAAGGACGGCCACCGCUACGUCCCGCCGCCCUCGCCGUCGCCCACAGCGUCUAGCUUUGCAGGCGGGCCCCCGUCUCCCACGAAGAGCUCGCACCACCAGCAAACCAGCAGCGGCGGGAGCCUGCACGAGGUUGGCAGGAAGAGCAAUGCGUAUCGCGGGCACCGGUACAGCCAGAGCCUCACUGAUGUCAGCGGGUCGCCUGCACCCUCUAUGGGACCGCCUCCCCGUCCUCUACCGGUUCCGCCAAACUUUACGGGUGGGUCUGCGAACCCGAUUCAACCCGAUUACACCGGACGAAGCAUGUCAGCGUCGCCUACCAAGUCCGCGAGGUUCCUGGAGCUCCAAGCUGAAUUCACCGGGAACGGGGAAGACAAGACGCCCCGGCAGCAUGAGAGGACGCGGAUGAAGAGGGCAGAGACGUUGCCUUCGGGCAUGGAGGCGCCGUUUCCUUUCGUGUUCCCAUCGACUCGUCGGCAGAAUACUACCGCUGACGGAGAGCAACUCCCUGAAGAUCCAAAGACUUGGACACCAGCCCAAGUCGCUGCGUAUCUCCGAAAUUCGAGUUUGGAUUCUAGUGCCAAUCCUGAAGACCUCGCCAAUUUUGUUUUGGAGAGGCAGAUUGCUGGAAGGGCGUUCCUUCGAUUGGCGAGUUCGUCUGACGAGAGGACUGAACUGGAUCAUGCUUUGAGAAACGCUUCGAGAACGCUUCGGCAGUCUUCUUUGAGAGGAAGGAUUUGGGGCUUUAACGCUACUGCAGAGAACUCGAAUGACCUCAAUGGACCCUACUCCCAACGCCCACGCUCCGACUCGGUAUCCUCCGCAUCCUCCUCGGGUUCCUUCAGCGACAACAACCCCUUCUCAUCCAACACCCAUCGUCCCACAGGGCGAUCCAGCGGCCGAGUCCGAGGCAUGGUCGAAACCUUGGAACGAAGCUCGAGCCUAUCCGGGAGCGAGAGAGAGGAUGACGAUUACCGCCGAACGUCUCGAUCCAGCUCGCCUACCAAGCACAAAGCGCUUCCCACUAGGGGAAGAGUUAACGAUCUCUUCGAUCCUCAAUCGACUCCUGUUGAAUCACUGGAGGAAGAAGAUAAUGGGAGGAAUGCGACGAUUAAGGGACACGGCAAUCCGAAUAUGUCUGGCCAGCAUGCGUCUAAUAAUAUCCUGUUUGCGAAUGACCCACACCACCACCACCAGCAACACCCACAACAUGGAUACCAAAUCAACAAGGAGCUACCGCGAUUACUCCCUCUACCGCCUACGUUCACGGGAGGAAGCGGGGACGGGCUAUCGCCCAUGAACACCGGUUCGACCGUUGGCGCGCCUGGCGGGGGUGUCAUGCACACUCAUACGGCUGGUGGUCCAGUACUCUCGCCUAUGAAUACUGGUGGGGUGGAGUUUGGGUUUAGAGCGGGGUCUGCUGGUGCGAGUGCGAGUCCGGGGAAGCAGAGGAGUGAGAAGGCGUCGUCGAGGAUGUUGCCGGUUCCUCCUGCUCUUUCGCCGCUUGGGUUCCAAGCUGGUGCUGGUGCUCUUCCGCAUGGACAGCCGCAUUCGCAGCAUCCGCAUCCUCAUUCGCCUAAUGAUGGCGGCGGGGUGUUGCAUCAUCCGACGCCGAGGCGGAUCGCGUCUCCUGCUGCCAAGAGUCUCAUCUCGAAAGGAGGGAGAGGGGGUGGGGGUAUGAGUGAGAGCGAGGGUGAGACGAGUGAUGUGGAGCGAGGGCGAGCGGAGGAAGAAGAGGGAGAGGGAGAAGAGGAACCCUCGAUUGAAGAGUUGUUGAUGAAGGAGGAGACGAGGGGUGCGAAAGCUUGGGAGAUGGAUGUUGGGAUUGGGGAGACUGUUAAGAAGAUUGUAACGGUUCCUUCGGGGACUGGUGAGAAUCGGCAGGGCAUGACGAAGUUGAUGGAGCCUUCGACGUCUGCUGAUCUACCGGCUGGUUCCUCCUCCGCCUCGACUUCAACCCCGGCCUCUGCGUCAACCUCAGCUACAUCACCCUCAGCCUCGACCUCCGAUGCCCUACCCACCACGUCCACCGUCAACGCAGAUAUGAGUUUUGUAAACGGAAGAACGGGGAGGAGGGCGAAAGGUCUUCGACCUAAAGUUAGGAAUUCGGGUGGUGGGCCGAGGGAUAUGGGUGCUGGUGGUGGUGGGAGUCCGAGGAAGUCGCCGAGGGCUGUUAGUCCUUUGAAGUCGCCUGUGGGUGUUGGUUUGGAUUCGGGUGCUAGGGGAGAGGAUGUUGGUUUGGAUUUGAGUACUAGGCGAGAGGGUGAGGGUGAGGGAAGCAGAAAGGAGAGUGGUGGAAGUGGAAGUGAUGGUGGUGCUAGCGCUAGUGGGAGUAGUGCGAGUGAGGGUGAAGGGCAAGGACAAGGACGUGGGGAGAUAAGGAAGGCGAGGGUGAGAGGACCACGCGGAUCUCGAGAGGAGGAACAAAGAGAAAGAAAAGGCGCAGGAGCAGAGGAAGGAAAUGGAGGAGAGGAGGUUCAUCCCGUGUAUAACAGUCGCCGGUAUAAGCAGUCUGUGAAGCGGAAGAGUGGGCAGGGUGUGGGUGUUAUGGCGUUGUUUGAUGUUGGUGCGCCUUCUGCGACUGUUGAAGAGGCGUCGGUGGAAGCCGCGUUGGGUACUUCGGAGGCUACGUCAACUGACCACUUGGAGCCAACGUCAACCAACCACUCGGAGCCUACAUCAUCCAGCCACUCGGAGAAGUUGUCUGAGGAGCUGAAAAGGAGAGAGAAGAACGUCGAGGAGCGGGAGGAAGCUGUUAAAGGACGGGAAGAAGCUGUGCGGGAGCGGGAGAGGGUUGUGGGUGAACGAGAGGAGGAAGCUGGGCGGAGGGAGGGCGUGGUGGAUGAACGCAGCGCAGAUUUGGAUGAUCGUGUUGUGAGGAUUGAGGAGCGUGUUGUGGCUGUUGAUCUGCGUGAGCGGGAUCUUGAAGAGCGUGUUCAGGCCGUCGAAGAGCGGUCUUCGGCUGUUGAGGGCAGGGCUAAGGCCAUCGAAGAACGGGAGACCACUGUUGGACAGAGAGAAGCUGGGGUGGUGCAGCGUGAAAAUGCGGUUGAGCAACGGGAGGGUGGUGUGGCUGCUCGUGAGGAGGCUGUGAAGGAGCGAGAGAGUGUGGUUGUUUCGAGGGAGAGGGUGGUGGGUGAGCGGGAGGCUUCGAUUGAUGCUAGGGAGAAGAAGUUGAGCGAGUUGGAGGAGGAGGUUAGGAGGAGGGAGGAGGAGGUUAAGGAGAGGGAAGAGGAGGUUGAGAGAGCUAGGAUCAAGUUGGAGGAGGAGAGGGCGUUGGUUGAGGAGGCUAGGAAGUCGACCAAGUUGGGCGAUGGUGAUGCCGCGACUGGUUUGCCCGCAGCCGGCGAAGUGCAAGCACGACAGAAUGGACCCAAUCCGGACGAUGAAGAUACAUUCUCGCUCGCCACCCGACUCUUCAAGCGGCUUGCUUCCCCUUUCUGGGGAGGGCACUUGUUUGCUCCAUCGGAAGGCGAUGCUGUCGUCGUUUCGGACUCCCAGGCGACUUCGACCUCGGACUCUGCAACCACGCAAACUGAGAAUUCGGACUCCACCGCUACGCAAAUCGGCGAACCCAGCACCUCAAACGAAAGUGCCGGAGGACCUUCAUCAUCGAGGAGGGCAUCACGCUCGUUCCCUGGUACACUGUUGAACAACAGGGAGACGACGGGGUACCUCGUGCUUCUUGGUAUUGGAGUGGUCGCUGUUAUGUUGAGGGUGUUGACGAAGCGGUUUUUGUUUGGGUAUGCUAUCGGGAAGGUUGGUGUUAGGGGUGUGACGCAUGGGAUGAAGCGGUGA